CUCCCUGCCUCCCUGGGCCUCAGCCAGCCACACCUGAGAGAGUUUAAAGCUUGGCCUGCAGCAGCCAGAGACCACAACACCUUCUCUGCGAGCAGCAUCACCAUGGAGCUCAGGAAUAGCAGCUGCCGCCCCCUCUUCAUCCUCCUCCUCCUCAUCUCCCUGGUGGGGCUUCUCACAGCCUCAACUCAGCUGAUAGACACACCUGGGCAGAACGUUACAGUUGCUGCAGAGAAAGGCGGCACAUGCCCCAACGUGACAAUGGCGACGGCCCAUGGAAACUGCACAGAAGAGUGCCAGUCUGAUGCCAGCUGUGCGGGGACAGAGAAAUGCUGCUGGACGGGCUGCGGGGCCUCUUGCCGUCUCCCAAACGAUAAACCUGGCUUCUGCCCUCCGGAUCCCCCUAUCAUAUCACUGAUAGGCGUCUGCAGGGAUCAGUGCAGGGAGGACUCCGAUUGUCCGAUGGACAGGAAGUGCUGCAUGGGCGGCUGCAAGAAAUGGAACUGUGUCCCUCCCAGGGACCAAGAUCCAGCAGCAGCCGAGAAUCCAUGGAACACCUGAAGCAGGGGAACCCUCCACAGACCCCAACCCCAGGGCCAUGACAACCACUGGCCUCCCUCAUCUCUUGGCACUUGGUCGCCUCUUCACCUACGCCAUGUUGGUUGGAGUCCCUCACCCACUUUCGCAGUCAAACUCUCCCUCUGCACAGCAGUCCUUCUGUGCUGUGCACAUGCCCCUCUGUGCCCUGUGUUUCCUGCUAACUAUGGAGUUGAAGAAACUCUUCAAAACAUGAGCUGCCAGGCACCUCAGGUUUAGCAAAGUCAUCUUGCAAAUGAGCUGAGUUUUCGCAAAGCUUGCCGAGACGCUGAGAUGCCUUGUAAAAGUGCUUUGCUUUGGUCGAACAACCAGCACUGUCCUCUUUUUAGCACCAGCUGAAAACAUUGUUAUUUUGACAAGCAUUCCCAGAUAUGUAGAAUGUUGACAUGUGUUUUAAUGUGUUCUUAGUUUAUCAAUGAUUUUAAUUGUCUGGAAUGUUUAAAAUAGCUGUUUUUAACUUCUUCCUUUUAUUACUGGCUAUAUAUAUAUAUUUGUAAACCAUUUUGAGGUUUUUGUGUUGUUGUUUUUUACAAUCAAGUGGAGUGUGGAUUUUAUGAAAUAAAAAUCAAAAAUAAGACAAGUGA